AUGACGGCGUUCCAAUCGCCUGCUCCUUACAUGUUGGCUUCAAAUACCCCCUUUUGCUGCAAACACUCGACGUCUUCCCCCCGGGCUGGCAAGCUCAGCCUGAGCGUCCUUGCUACCAGGAUGGGUAGCAACGCAAAUGAAAUCAUGUUUGUGCCCGGAGCGCCGUCGUCUGCACAACCGCAACGAGGACAAGGCUCGAGGUGGGAGAAGUGGUACGGAUCUUCCCAGACGGCGGGAAGCAAGAGCGGUCUGCAGUCAGCUACUGCAGAGACCAACGCGCUUGCUGAUGGCGCCGCUGGCACUGAAGAUGCUCUCGAGUCGCUUCGGAGGAAGACGGAAGAGAGUCUCGAUUGGAAGUUUCUCAAGGCAACGCUGGUGAACUGCUCUGUCACCAGUAUGGGGAGGAGCGCGCUUCAGCAGGCGAGGCCCUUCAAGGAGGUGGAGGAGGUGGAGCGAGCGUACAAUGCUGUGGAGGAGAUCCGGAUGCUCAACGACGAUGGCACGCGGCUGCCUCUUUCGCAGGUCGGGGAUGUGCGUGAGCUGGUGACUCGAGCAGCGAAAGGAGACGUGCUUGAGCUGGACGAGCUGUACUUGUGCACCAAGACGAUGGGAGCGAUGAGAGAGAUUGAGGAUGUGCUGCAUGGGCGGAACGAGACGCCGACCCUGAUGGACAUCGCCGACGACAUCCACCUUGACGGCUCAGUCGUGCUCCAGCUGAAGAGAUCGUUUGACAACGUCGGGCAGUUGUCAACGAAGAUGUACCCUCAGCUGCAGGACCUGCGUAAGGAGAUUGACAAGAUCGCGGCUGCUGUGACAAGCACUAUGGACGCGAUGCUCAAGGACACCAAGAUAGCCAGCACGCUGCAGGACAGCUUCUACACCAUCCGAGAGAACCGCUUCGUCCUCCCCGUUUCUGCCACCAACAAGAACAAGAUCAACGGAAUCGUCCAUGGCGUUUCGGGGACAGGGUCGACGGUCUACAUCGAGCCGCAGGAGGUGAUCGACCUCAACAACAAGCUCAGGCUGGCGGAGGGUGAGCUCAAGGCCGAGGAGAUCAGGAUCAUGGGGCUGCUGUCCAAGAAGGUGGGAUCGCUUGCCCGGGACGUGAAGCUGGCGACUUCAGCUGUGUGCCAGCUGGACAUGGCGGCGGCGAGGGAAAAGUUUGCGGAGAUGCUCAAGGCGGUCAGGCCGGAGGUGUCGAGCGGGGGCGAGAUCGACAUCAGGUCCGGGAGGCACCCGGUGCUGGUGCUGAGGGGUAUCAAGCCGGUUGCCAACGACAUGAGCAUGAACGGGGAGAAGCCGGCGGUCGUGAUCUCGGGGCCCAACGCCGGAGGGAAGACCAUCGUACUCAAGACCGUUGGGCUGUGUGCGCUUCUGGUGCAGCAUGGCUGCUGGGUGCCGUGUGAGGAGGGGUCGAAGAUGGCUCUGUUCCGGCGGGUGCUGGCGUCCAUCGGAGACCAGCAGACAGUCGAGGAGGAUCUCUCCUCCUUCUCCUCCCACCUCAAGACGCUCAACACCAUGCUCCAGCACGCCGACGAGGGGACCCUUAUCCUCCUCGACGAGAUCGCCUCGGGAACAGACCCGACGCAGGGAGCUGCACUGGCUCAGGCCAUCCUGGAGGAGCUGCUGGGCAAGGCGCCCAAGAUGGUGGUGACGACGCACUACAGCCAGCUCAAGGCUCUGGCUACUGUCGACUCGAGGUUCGGGGUGGCAGCCAUGCAGUAUGUGAACGGGGCGCCGACGUACCGGGUACUGCAUGGCGUGUCGGGAGAGUCGCACGCGUUCAGCAUAGCGAAGAAGAUGGGAAUCCUCGAGGGAGUGAUCGAGAGAGCUGAGUCGCUCAUGGGAGAGCAGGCAAAGAUGACCAAGACCCUGGAGGCGCUGGAGGAGGAGAGGACGAGGGCGUCAGUGGCCGCGCAGGAGGCGGUAGAGGAGAGAGAGAAGCUUCGGAGGAAGUUGGAGAGGUUGGAGAAGAGGGAGGAGGAGAUCCGAUCGAGGGCCAAGGAGCUGGAGAAAGAGGGAGCACGAGAGUUCCUGAAGCAGCUCAAGUCAGCCGAGCAGUCUGUGGCUGAGGUGAUCAAGCAGCUCCAGCAGAACCCGGACUUCAAGGAGGUGGACAAGGCCAAGAAGCUGCUGGACGGCCUGCGGACCAACCUGACGGCGCAGGAGGAGGAGGGGGCGGGCGAGGUACCGGAGGGGAUCAAGGAGGGAGACUUUGUCAUGCUGCUCGACGUCGGGAGCGAGGGCGAAGUUAUCUCCCCCCCCUCCUCCAAGGGCGAACUCCAGGUCCGCGUUGGCCCGCUGACGCUCCGAACCAAGGUCGAUCGGGUCCGCAAGGUGGAGGGAAAGACUGCCUCCUCCUCCCCCUCUCCUCGCGCCUCGGGUUCCCUCACGCAGAAGAGGGGAAAGAAGACAGGGAGCAAGGAGUACAAGGCUGCCCUCCAGCGCGCCGUGCGGACUCCCGUCAACACUCUCGACCUCCGUGGUUUCCGGGCUGAGCAGGUGGGCGAUGCUAUCGACUCCUUCCUGGACAAGAUGACCAGUGCGAACCAGCCAACUGCCUUCAUCCUUUCGGGUCAUGGAACAGGAGUAGUGAAGAAGGUGGUCCAGGAGCAUCUCGCUACUUGUAUGUAUGCUGCUGCCUAUGCCCCCGCUUCCUUCGAGCAGGGCGGGGAUGCGCUAACAGUUGUUGCAUUAAAAUGA